GACGCGCCCUCCCCUUGAGCGGAGCGGAUGAGCGCACGGUGGAUGCUCUCGCACUGGAGUACAGAGCUGCACCAAAGACAGGAGGGGAAACACUCUGACCAGCACUGUGGAGCGGGACAGUGUGUGCUGCCUUUUCUUUUGUAAGAACAACUUGGGAAUUUCGGCGAAACUUGUGAGGGCAGAGGACGAUUUGUCGGGUCAGCAUGGCAUCUCUGAUGAACUCUGCGUGCCUCCUCUUCUUGCCUGUUGCUCUGCUUAUGAUGCUGAGCCCAUGCCCUGUUGCUGCAGCGUCAGCCAGAAGGUGUCACUCCAUCUACAAGGGUUUUGCUCAGUGUCUGAUGGCUCUGGGCGACAGUCUGACAGACAGCGCUCGCAAGGACGAAGACACACACGAGAUACACUCCAUCUGCAGGUCAUGGGAUGAGUUCCAUGACUGCGCCAACGUGGCGAUGGCCGGCUGUCCGGAGGAAGCGGCAGCUGUCUGGGAAUCUCUCCGCCAGGAAUCCAAGAAGAUGCAGUUCUCCGGAAACCUGUAUGACAUGUGCUCCAACCGCAACUACCACCCAGUAGCCUCAGUCUCUCCGCACGGCUCACCCAACCAGGAAGAGAUCAACCAGGAGUCUUUAAGAGGGCGUGCUGAUCAUCUGGCAGGCUGCCUCCACCUUCUCAUGCUACUGCCUCCUCUGCUGCUGUUGUUGUUUUGGGUAUAACUACCCAAAAGAAAUGGGACUAGUGUGAAUAGAUAUAAACUUUGUGUAUUUUUUCUUUGACAAGUCCAUAGACUUUCCUCUGUUUUUUCCUCUGCUCUGCCAGGGGUUGAAUAUUUCCAACUGCAUGUUCAGAUGCCUCGCAGUCUUUUUGAUAAUGUAUCUUUAAACUGCCUGUGCCGUUUCAUGCAUAUUCUCUGCCGUUGACUUAGUCUCUCUGUUGGAAACACACACAAAAUUGAUGCAGAGAUACACAACCAAGGUACAAACAGGCCUGUAAACACAUACAUAAUAUAGACAUAGAUGCAUACAGCAGCCUCAUGUCAUCUGUCUUUAUCCCCUCUCCUCCCCCUACAUCUAGUUAGUAUGAGCUGUUUGGUCCAUUUGUGGAUUGCUUAAAAGAUGUUUGAAGAAAAUGUUCUUAAAAUUUGAUACUUAAAAGCAAAAAAAAGCAAAGCUAAAACAGUAAACACACAGUAAACACAAUUAAAGACACAGUGAAAUAAAAAUUAAUUUUAAAAGUUCUUAAUCCAUUGUCCUGCAUUAAUUGUUCGGUUAUAUCUUGCUAUCUGUGAAAUAUACAUUUUAAUACAAAUUAAACAUUUUCAGGUAUUGUGGUGCCUAGCUAUCCCCUCCCAACUUCACUCAACUGCAUGUGUGUUUGGAUAUCAGUUGGCAAAAACAUUUCCGUUUAUAUUUUCAAAAGUAUGUGGCUGCAGUGUAAUUUAUUAAAUUCUCCCUUGUCCUUCACUUCCUGAUCUAACAACAUGGAUGAAGGUUGUGGGUGUGGGUGAAGGCCAACAGUCCUCCACAGCUCCAAAUCACCAUGGUUCUCCAGACACUAUGCUGGCUAAGUCACACUCACUUUUUCAAAUCAAAUCCCAAAUUAGUUAAAAUCCCUCUUGAAAUGACUGCAUUUCCUGUCUGAUUCAGAACUACAUCACAUCACAGAAGCUUCUCUAACUGACAUUUCACUGUGUCCUUAAUAAUUUGGAUGUUAGAGAUUGAUUUGGUUUGGCUCUUCAAGACUUUGUUUGCUAGCAAAGCACAAAUGCAGUGUGGUCUGGUCUGUGGUCUGGUCUGGUUUUAUGAGACUAGAGGUUUUUUAAAUUCUCCCUUCAAGGAUUCAUAUAAACUAAAUUUAGUUGCUCCCAAGAAUCCUGGCUCAAUAUAGUGUAUAAUUCCUCCGUCAUUUGGGGAAUCACUAGAAAAAGCCCACAGCCCAAAAACAAAAAAUGGACUCCUGACAGUUGACAACUCUCCGCCAAAUAAAGGAACUAUUGGAUGUUCAAAAAGUCAUACAUUGUUUCCCUAAGUACAGGUUCUUGACUAAGACACGUACAGCAUUAGAAAUUGGCUUUGGGUGUACAGAUUUGUCUGAAAAUGCUUUGGGAUGCAGUAACAUUGUUUCGGAUGGUAUGAAAAAAUAGAUUAGCUGCCUUUGAGAAACAACAUUAUCUAUGGGAAUCUGAAAUAUCAAUGUCAUUAAACUGGGAAUAAUGGCUCCUGCAGUUUGUCUUCAUACUAAACAUGUACUGUCACCCCAUAAGAUCAUAGACCACAAAAACUGAACAAAUUAAAGACAAUGAAGGGACAUUUCCAUUCAGUCCAACUGCAACACUGAAAAGAAAUUCUCUGAAGUGCUUUGGACUCUAAAAUAAAACACUAUAUAUAUAAAACUAGACUAUAUAUAUAAAUAUGAAAUAUAAUUGCUGAGAGACAAAUAAUAGAAAAAUAUUAACAUAGAACAUAUAAUUUUUACUAUUUUAUUUUUUAAAAUUAAGCAACAAACAUUGUGUAAAAUGCCAUGGAUUUCUUAUUUGCCAAAAAAGCAUAACAGCUUCCUCUGCAGAGCUGCAGCAACAUGAGUUUUGAGCUGAAGUUAAAGUGAAGUCAAAGCGUACUGGAGUUGUUUUUAUUUGGUGCUUGCCCAGGUAUGAAAUCCUCCAGGGCUCCUCCUUGGCAUCCUGCACUGUAGCCCUACAGUAUGGGACCAAUAUGUUCUCCAGUCAGAAUCGCGAUCCUCUCACAUGCCAAGUGUAUUUCAUGCUCCAGGAGUCGUAGUUUGGCCCUGCAGACCUGCUGAAGCUGCUUGUUAUUCUAAGUGGCUGUGGGUAACAGUUGUUUCUGUCUGGCCCAGUAUCAGAAAUACUAUCAUAUUAGAGGCAGACAGAGAGAAAGAUGAGUGCACCUGGAAAACAAACACAGUUCUGCCUAGUUGAAGAUUGAGUCCACCUGUCUAGCAGCGAGUGUGUUUUACACAGGGGGCUUUAGGUUGUAGGUUUACUUUUCUUUCUUCACAAAAAAUAAAUCAAAGCUGGGCGGACUUUAAAGAGUUACGCUAGAAUGUGAAAAAGCACAAAACACAGUCCUCAAAGGCUGCAACAGUACGCACAGUUUAAGAGAGGUGGAAAUAAAUAAAAAUUGAUUAGACAAAGAGUUCUAAAGAGAGCCAUGUUUCAACUUAAGAACCAAUUAAGUCUACUUUGCCAGUGGCAAGUUCGUUAAACAUACUAACAGGGUUAAAUUAAACAGAGAGCUAUGGCAAGCAGAUCUGGAGACCGUUACUGUAUAUACACUUGUGGCAAUUUUAUUUGUCUUAUUUGGUUUGGGACCUCAAUAUCAAAAGCAGACUUUUCAUUGACAUCUUUUGUUAUUCUUGUCACACAGAAGCUCUAAGAGAAAUAAACCUUUGACCAACUUUACAUCUUGAGCCUGGAUUUAAGUCACUGGAAUGUUGAGAAUAAACCCAGUCGCUAUAGGAGCCCAUUGGCAGAAUACACUUCGAGGUAAAUCUAAGUGCAAGGCUAAAGGAACUGAGCAGAAAUAAAGAGAGUACUCUUUCAAAAUGAAAUAAUAAAACUCCAAUCAGCCAAAAGCUAUUUUUAUUUUACAUAAGGGACUUAGCCCAGAGAUAUGCUUGGAUGACUUAAAGAGGCUGCUGUCGUUUUGAACUUUAAUUAAACUGACAGAAUUAGCAAUUAGAGGCCUCAAUGGCUGAUUCACCAAGGUGCAGCAAUUUGAAAACUAUCUCUGCAGAGCUCAGAUAAAAUGUAUACUCAGGCUAAAUCUGAGUAAAUCAUAAACUUGAGGUUACAUAGGAUAAUCUGAUUCGAUGUGUUUGUAUAAAUACAGACCUAUAGUGCGUUCAGUCAUCAUAACCUCACAGCAUUGUUUUAUGGGAGAAUAACUGCUUCAGAUUAGAUUUUAAAGUCUGUUUUGCACAGAGGUGCUCUAAAACACGAAAAGACUCACAAAAUCUCUAUUAUGAGAAGAUAUGUUUCAUGUAAGGCAGGUGGACAAAUCCGAUUUCAGAGUGGUUUUCAUAACGCUGCAGAGUAAAUGCAACGUUAUUGACCAGAGCAGGGAAUUAUUUUCCAGCACUGCGUUUGAGGCUGUACAUCUCUUCUCCUACGGCUACAGCUUGGUACUCUGACAAAUAGUUAAAUUUGACAGAAAUGACUGCAGGAAAAAGGGAAACAUUUUUAAACACCAGUACAUCAUUGUCACACUAAUGGUUCUGUAAAUUUGGUGUUAUUACUGUGAACAAAUGGCAGAAACAAUUGGUUGCCUAUAUAUCGUGUGGUUGUUAGUGCUAAUGUUCCUUUACAUUAACACAACAUUUUACAUAAAGCCUUUGCUUCAUGUCACAACAAAGAUGUUGCAACUUACAGUAUCUCCCUCCUCUUGCUCUUUUGAUUUUCCUCUACUGGAGACGAUAAAUAUGUUUAGGGUUGGGGAUUUGAUAGCAUUUUGUUGAAUCCAAAUCCAUUCAAAUCCCUUAUCAAUGAUUCCGACCCCUGUAAUUCAAUGUGGCACAGUCCGUGAUGACUUGCCGCUUUGUUGAUCUUGUAGUGCUGCAAAAAACACAGUCGACUCGCGAGCGUGGUCUUACAGAGUUGUUUUUCCUUUACUAACAAACAAUUUUGGCUAAGUCAGACACUACCUUGCAGGGAGUGAAUUAACCAGAAAACUGCCAAAAGUUUCAUUUGUCAAGCUACGUACAGAAUUCACAAUAAUUAGCUAAAUUUAUUAUAAUCUGCUACCGGUGAUAUUUGUAAUUUCUACUGGUUAAAGCGAUGGUCAGUGUGGGCUAAAAAUGCUUGCUAAGAUUACCUGAAUGCUUUCUACAUUGAUCUUUGCUAAUAAAAUAGAUUGAGGAAAGACAAAAGGUGUGAGAGCGAUUUCUUAGCGUUGAAGCUUAGUGAAUCCGGCUACACGAGACCCAAAAGGAAAACAGCUAUCAGAGCUCAGCCCCAUAUGUUGUUCUGGAAGCACAGUGCCCUUUUACAGUUUAGUGCCAUAGAGCAAACAUGAUCUCAUGAGAUUUUGUAUAAAUAGCACGCCACUUUUAAGGAAACAACAAAAAAAUAAAUGUAAAACUGAGAAGUUGUGGUUUUAUGUGCUGUAACUAUUUCUUUAACUAGUGAGCAAUGCUUUGGACAGAACCAGGCUAGCUGUUUACCUCUGCUUCCGGUCUUUAAGCUAAGCUAGCUCCGUACCUAAUGCAUAGCCGUGAGAGUGGCGUCAAUUUUUUCAUCUAACUCUCCAAAAGAAAGCAAAUAAUAUUUCCCAAAAUGUUGGACAUUUACAUUAAAGCACAUAACACCUUAAUGCAGUGUUCAAACCAACAGAGAGAACAGGAAGGGCUAAGAAGGCAUCAGACAUUAUGUCUGCUUACCGACUCAAGACAGACAGACAAACUCUCACCUGGGAACCAGAUUCAUAUACUCGCCUCCAGCAAGUGGCUACAAGCACAGCUGUGUUUUUAGACACAAAGUUUUAACCUCCCAGUUUUAAUUACUGUUAAGACAAAAGACAAAUUACUAGAGACCAAAAAUUUGGGAAAGCAAACUACAAGAUAAGUAUGGCAAUGACCUCCGCCACUGAAGAUGCAUUUUGUGAAGAUUGAGGGGGGUGAUGAUCUUAAUUAUAAUGCUGAAGGAGAGAGUAGUUAAAUACAUCUAAAUGGCUCCUCUCUCGGUUUUACACACAUCACUUAAAUAAAUUGAAACAGCUAUUUCUAAAUAUGGAAGUCAAAUCACUGUUUUAUGACAAGAAACGCACAGGUACUGACAAUGAGUUAGGUCACAUUACUGUGUAUAGUGUGAAUAAUAACAGCUCUAUGAAUAUCAAUGUAUAUAGCAGUAAUAUACAGUAUUAUAUAUAUAGACAAUGUCAUAUAUGCCCUGCAAGUGCUACUUUUAAAGCUUUAACAUUUUCUAUUAGUUGUGCUUUACACCCUAUCCACAUUAUUGUAGGCCCAUGAUACCCUGCGUGAAUUAUGGGUGCGACUAUUAUUAUUCCUUUCCCUGAACUGGAGUCUGCGAGAAUUAUCUUCCCUUUUGAGCCUUUUGAGAAAUAAACUUAAACUUGGUAAUAUGAUCAUACUUCUGCCUUCUACUACUGAGGAAUGGGAAGGCGACCUGAAGAAGUGGUUUAAGUUUGCUCAGGGCUGGCUAAAAUGUUACAGAGUUUGGAGACAAGUUGCACUGUUCACGGUUGCACCAACAAUCAAAAUAAAGUAAUUCUUUAGCAUGCAGCUAACUCUCGCAAACACCAGUUCAGUGAACAAGGCCGCCUGUAGAGCUGAAGUGAAACUGAAAUUUCCAUUUGAAACUACGCUAAUAACUAAAAAUACAGCCUUGGAACGACAGUUUCUCAUAUGUCCGCUUCAUGUGUCUAAAUUACGGACAAACUUUUGAAAAACACUCUAAAAUUGUUGUUUAUUUAAUAUUUCUGCUUUUUAGCGUUUAACAAACACAAUUACCCAUAAGCCCCAGAACUUUGCAGACUUAACAUUGCUGACAAAAAAGGCGAAUCCAUGGGCGAGACGAGGUGUCGCGGUUAGCUCAGACAUGAUAACAGAACGACAGAGAGAAGCGAACGCUGUAAAAGUUUUUAGACGGCAGAGACUACAGAGACUCUGUAGAAGAGAGCGUUGGUGAAUUUUAUGGAAAUGAGCGAAACCAAGUUAUGAUGACUUAAAUACCCGUGCUGCCACACUUGUACAUUUUCAUGGGAGCUGUAAUUUUUUCUGUGCUCACAAAAUAAUCUUUGUUAUUUUUUUUUAGAAAAUCAUGAAGGUUUCAGUUUCAUAUAGCAACUGUUGUAGUGGACGCCAAUUUGCCUUAUAAUAUGGAAAACCCCAGGAACAUGCACAUGUUUUUCAGAAAGACAGAUUAAAAAAUCUGGUUCUCUAUAAUCCACGCAUGGUAUCAUGGAGUUAGGAAUAAGGUCAAUAGGCCAAGGCGAAUACACAUACUGCAUUGUUUAAAGUAAGUAAACUGGGAAAAAAAAGCAGCUCAACAUAAACUCUAUGGAGAUAUUUAACAUCAUUGUUUGUCCUUUUCUCACUAUAUUGUUCACAGAUGGUGAUUAUUUUCUGUGUUCAAGGUUGUGCGCAAGUGUGUGUGAGAAAGAGCGAUGGUAUAUCUCACUGUGGUGUAAAUUAGCUUGUUGAAUUAAUCAUUCAUCCACACAACAUGUUGUAUAUUUCAUUGUUACUGAUUAAACCGCUCUUCUCUGGCCCUUUCCGAUCCAAAUGUCACUCCUAACGUUGUAGAAAUAGCAUGCAGUGCUGAGCUUUCUUUGUCUUUUUAUGUGUGAGAAACAAAAUAGCAGGACUAAAGCCAGUGUGUUCAUGUAUGAUCCUGUGACAUAUAUGUUAACUCCAUACAUACAUCACACCUGUGUGAAGCUGAGAGACAAAGAGAGUGUGUUCCUAUGGAUAAAAAACACACAUCUGGGCUGGCUUCAAAGUGGCGCUGCUGUUGCUGCUUUGGGCUUCCCAUCAAACAGAAUGGAGAUCCAAACAUCUGGGAUCAUGGAAGAAGGAUGGACUUUUCCAGGGAUGAAAGCAGGAAGCUACACAACAGAAGCUCUGUGCACAUAUGGAACACAUAGCUGUAUUUUUCUGUGGAUGUUAUCAAAAGCUCUGUAUUGUAAUAAGCACAUACAUCCAAGAGUCUUUUCAAAUGGGGUGACAUAGCUUUGUGAAGAAUUUCUGUAUUUGUCCUUGGCUGUCUUUUGUUAUGUCUGCUUGUCUUUUUUUCCACCACCUUCCUUCCUUUCUUUGCCCUUCAGGUCCCAUCUCCCUGCUCCUCUUACAGGUAUUUAAGAGGAGCUGUCCCUCCAUCCUUCUAUCCAUCCAUACGUAAGGUUUUGCUACCUUUAUAGAAAAUCAUUAAACUGGUGCUGACUGAC